GCUUUGUGUCAUUUGAGUAAAUGAGUUAGCGAGUUAAUCGACCCACUGUUUAAAUAAACCCGUUGGACUUUCUCCUCCUCCAGUAGCUGCCCCGCACACCGGCCUCAACUUUUGUGCUGUUAGGUUAAAGAGAGCACGGCACCCCCACUGAUCAUGCAACCGGCUUUCUUCUCACUCGUCCUGAUUGCCGUACAUGUGUCUGUACCGGUGGACUGUGCAGCGAGGCUCCGGGAUCCAGAGCGACACAGCGCAGGAGCACGAGCAGAGUCAUCCGCCGGUACGGGACGUUUCUACUUGGAGCUGAGCGGAUCAACGAGAAAAGGCAUUCACAGACACUUUCUGGCUAUUUUGCCAGUUAGAACAGAUGCAGGUAAUUUUGUGUCAAUAUUUGAUCUGAGAGCAAGACUGUUCCUCUGCAUGGACUUUAAAGGGGAGCUGUACAACUCAAGGCAAAAGGACGGAGAAGACUGUCUCUUCCAGCGCAUCUGGUUGGAUCUGGUUAAUCACCGUGAUGUGUUUUACUCUAUCAGCGCGGGCCAGCUGCUCAAACUGGAAGGAGCAGAGCUGAAAGUAGCUCGCCCAGAACCACCCAAGCCCUCCUCAGCCAUCAUGGAGAGGUUCCUUGGUCCCUUGGCAAGGAGACAAAGGAGGAGCGAGGAGGUGAACCCCUCUGAUCCAUUAAGGUCAGAGUCACAUCCCUCACAUCCUGCCAAGGAUCACAAGGAUGCAGAUCACAGGCAGCCUGAGCAGGACCAGGCCGGCGCUGUUUCCAAAGAGACCAUCACGUCGUGUGACGACCCCCUGCGGGUCCUACAGGCCAACGGGCCUGUCAGUCCUGUCAAGACUAAUAUCGCAGACCGAGCACCACAAGACUAAUUCUCAACAAGAGGGUGAAGUCGAGAGGGGCUGCAUGUCUUUAUGUUUGUCCUGAAAACUCUCUUCAUGUUUGACUUCACGGUUGGAGAAGAUACUGUACUUGUAGACACUCUGUCCAUCAGCGAGGGCCAGAUAGCUGGCAGAGUCAAACUGACAUGAGAGGGUGGCUCGUUAUCUUUUGAGGCCACAUGAAAGCCUUCAAUAUUUUACAGCUUCUGAGAAAAGAGAUUUUAUUAAACCCUAAAAUGGUUUGUUUUCAGAAUUUGUUUUGAUUCAACUGUUAAAGCUUGGUAAUGUGCUGAUAAAGCGUGUUACAUCACAGCCGCCUGUGCAGAUGUUCUGUUUGAACAGCCAUGGAAGGAUAAGUUUGGCAACAUCUGACCUGACCACGCAACGUGUUUGGUCCAGUGUCCCGCUGUCCUUUAACCCUCUUUUGUCAGUUAAAUUUUAAACCUUGAGCCGGAUGGGGCAACGUUUAUUUUGCAUAUGUAUGGAUGUGUAAUCUGUGAGUAAUUAUGAAUAUUUAUACAUAAAUCUGUUGAUACAGUAAUGCUUCAUGGCAGGAGUGUAGAAACUAAACAAACAUCGACCAGAGCAUACUUUUGUUACAGUCUAAUUAUGUCAGGUGCCGGACACCAAUAGUCACAGCAUGAAAAGUUAUAUUUAUUUAUUGAAAUGUGUUAAAUGACUUCCUUCCUAGCCUAAUGUUUUAUUAUUUAUAUAUUUCAUGUUGUGUUAUUUCUAAUAUGGAUGAAUAAAUGGUAACUAUUCUGUGGAUUGUCUCUGUGGUUGUGCAAUAAGGGAUUUACAGGGAAAUGUUUUUUUUUAUCCUAUUCUGGGAUAUCUGAAUAAGUGUGAAAUAACAUAAGGUGAACAUCCUGUGACACG